AUAAAAUGCAGAGAAUAGCUAGGGUUUUGGCUGAGCGCAUUUGUUUUAAGAACAGAAGAAAAAAGAGUUUCUCUCACUGAGAGCCGUCGCUCUAUCCUCCAAAGCUCAGCUGCUCCGCCACCAUGGCCGUCGGGAAGAACAAGAGAAUUUCCAAGGGGAAGAAGGGAGGCAAGAAGAAAGCUGCCGAUCCGUUCGCAAAGAAGGACUGGUAUGAUAUCAAAGCCCCGUCAGUUUUCAACACCAGGAACGUCGGCAAAACUCUAGUUACUCGUACUCAGGGUACUAAGAUUGCUUCAGAAGGACUCAAGCAUCGUGUAUUUGAGGUGUCCUUGGCUGACCUUCAAGGUGAUGAGGAUCACGCCUUCAGAAAGAUCCGUUUGAGAGCUGAGGAUGUUCAGGGGAAGAAUGUCCUCACAAACUUCUGGGGUAUGGACUUCACUACUGACAAAUUGAGGUCACUCGUCAGGAAAUGGCAAUCACUCAUUGAGGCCCAUGUUGAUGUCAAGACAACUGACAACUAUACUUUGAGGAUGUUCUGCAUUGCCUUCACGAAGAAGCGCGUGAACCAGCAGAAGAGGACAUGUUAUGCACAGUCAAGCCAGAUUCGCCAAAUCCGGCGAAAGAUGAGGGAGAUUAUGGUUAACCAGGCACAAUCAUGUGAUCUCAAGGAUUUGGUUCAGAAGUUCAUUCCCGAAUCAAUUGGCAAAGAGAUUGAGAAGGCAACGUCAAGCAUUUAUCCUCUGCAGAAUGUGUUUAUUAGGAAGGUUAAGAUCCUGAAAGCUCCCAAAUUUGACCUCGGGAGGUUGAUGGAGGUUCAUGGUGAUUACAGCGAAGAUGUUGGUGUGAAGUUGGACAGGCCAGCUGAAGAGCCAGCGGCUGAGCCAACUGAAGUUGUUGGUGCCUAGAUCAAUAGCCUCCCAGUCCUUCCUCCAUGUCGUUGAUUGCAAGUUUAUUCUUGGAGUGAUUUAGGAAGAGAUUUUGUUUUCAAGAGUCCAUUUCCUCCCAAAAACCAUUAGAUAAAGUUACGUUAUAUUACCAGCACAUUUUACAUUUGGUGUUCAAUUUUGUUGAGUUAGAUUUAAUUUGGAAUUAUUUAUACCGUUUGCUUAUUACUUCCCCGUUCGGUUUACCUUUUGGUUACAUACAGAGGUUGUAGUUCUUUAUGGAUGCAAUUUUACGCCUCCUUU